AAGGGAAGAGCACCCCCCACCCCGCCCCCCUGUGCAUUAUUCACUCGGUGCCGCAGGGUUCUUCCAGCUGCACAGAUCUACAUUGCCCCAGCACCUUGCCCUCCCCAUGCCUCGAUUUCCCCUCCCACCCCCACCCACCAGCUCUCCCUCCGCGCUCCUGUGUCCACAGCGGAUGGCAGCACUGAGCCUGCGGGAGGCCAUGAAGCAGGGCCAGUCCUCUGGGAGGCGAGAGCUGAGCGCACCCGCCCCAGCGGGGCCAGGCUCUGCGAAGCAGUGUGAUGAGGACAUCUACCUGGAGUGUGAGCCCAGUUCAGUCCCUGCCUGGCCUCAGACUCCGAGCUCCCAAGUCCUGAUGCCCCCAGCCCCUCUGCCAAGGUCAUCAUCGGCAGUGUGCAGGCCCUCCAUGGCCCCCGAGGAAGCUCAGGGUGGAGCAGCGAACACCACCUCCAAAGGUGAGUGCAGGCAUCUUCAGUGAGAACCCAGGAGUCCUGCCCCGGCCCAUUCCAGCCGCAGCCCCGCACACCCCACUUUGCUGAGGGGGUCCCGGCAGGUCUGCCCCCAGUUGAGAGCAGGCCCGAGGGGACCCCCUUGGCCAUUUUCCAGGGUCUGCAUCAAAGCAGGAGGCUCCCAGCGUGUACCUCAAGAUCACCCCUCGAUGGGAGGUCACGCGUGGCCUGCCUGAUGGGUCCUACCAGAGCCCAAGAGAGGAGAGGAAGGGUGACACACUGGGUGCCCUGCUUUGGGUUUCAGCCCUAGGCACACACCCCUGCCACCUCCCCCACCCCUGCAGCUGCUCCAAGCCUCCUUUGUCUAACCCCUCCCAGCCCAGCCCUGUAAUCUGCUCCCAGCAAGAAGGCGCGCCUCUCUUUCCUCUGCAGCCCCCACCGGAAGAACCUCAGCUGCGGAGGUGAGGAAGGGCUGGGAGAGGGCGGGGCGGAGGCCUGCGAGGAGCCCUCCUGGGCCCGCGUCCACCAUUGCAAGGAACACGUGUGUGUGGCACCCGGCUGGGUACCAGCACCGGCAUAUCUUUGUUCAGCUUGCACAGACUCAGACUGGGAAGGCAGCUGUGAACACAAAUCACUACCCGCUUGGUUCUCUGCUCCCUACCCCCACCCAGUGCCCCAACACACACGUCUCUGAGCUUGUGUGUGUGUGUGUGUGUGUGUGUGUGCGUGCACAGGACGGCAGCCUGCUGGGUCAUCCGUGGU